AUGUCGCUCGAGAUGCCUGUCGAAAAGCCCACACCUCUCGGCAGCGACUCGCCGGGCCACGACCAUGAGGCCGGCGAGAUCGCCAGUAUCGGCGAGCGCGACGAGCUACACCACCUUGGCUACGAGCAGGAGAUGCGCCGCAAUCGCUCUGUGCUCACCCUGCUCUUCCAAUCGCUCGCCAUCGCAGCCAUUCCCUUCGGCGAAGGCAGCGCCCUGCUCAGUGCUAUCUACGGCGGUGGCCCGCGAUCCAUCUUCAUCGGGUGGAUUGUCGUCUGCGUGCUGGACCAGUGCGUCGCAAUGUCGCUGGCUGAGCUGGCCUCCCGCUAUCCCACCUCGGCAGGGCCAUACUACUGGUCAUUCCAGAUCGCGCGCAGCGGCAAGACGACCGUAUCCUUCAUCAACGCCUGGAUCUGGCUCAUUGGCAACUGGACCAUCACGCUAUCCGUCAACUUCGGUUUCGCGUCCUUGCUCUCCGCCACUAUCUCCAUGUACCAUCCCGACUGGACCGCCAACUCCUGGCAGCUGCUCCUCAUCUUCUACGCUGUCUGCCUCGGCAGCCUGGUCAUCUGCACCUUUGCGAACAAGUACCUGCCGCAGGUGGACAUUGCCUGCGCAGCCUGGACAACGGUGACCAUCGUGGUCAUCCUAAUCGCCGUCUCCAUCAAAGCAGACGCGGGCCGCCACUCCGCAUCCUACGCCCUCGUCCACUAUGACACCUCCUUCGCCGGCUGGGGCGGCUUCACCUUCUUCAUUGGCCUGCUCCCAGCCGCAUACACCUUCUCCGCCAUCGGCAUGGUUUCCUCCAUGGCCGAAGAAGUCGCCCAGCCCGCCAUCAAAGUGCCCCGGGCCAUCUCCCUGGCUGUCCCCGUCGGCUUCAUCGCCGGCCUCUUCUUCAUCAUCCCGCUCACCGUUACCCUGCCCCCACUCGAAGAAAUUAUCAACGCCCCCGGCGGCCAAGCCCUGCCCUACAUCUUGCACCGUGUCAUGGGCUCACCGGGCGGCGGGUUGGGCCUCAUCUUCCUCGUGCUCGUCAUCACGCUCUUCUGCUCCAUUAGCAUUACCGUCGCCGCCAGCCGCGCCACCUGGGCCGCCGCCCGCGACGACGCUAUCCCGCUCGCCUCGGUCUGGGCGCGCGUCCACCCGCGCCUCGGCGUCCCCGUCUGGGCUCUGGUCCUGCUCACGCUCAUCCAGAUGCUGCUGGGCCUGAUCAACCUCGGCUCCUCCAGCGCAUUCACCGCGUUCGUAUCUGUCGGCGUGAUCGCGCUGGCUGCUGCGUAUGCGGUGCCGAUUUGUCUGAGUCUCAUCCAUGGUCGCGAGGAGGUUCAGCAGGCACCGUGGAAUUGUGGGAAGGUCGUAGGCCCGAUUGUGAAUGUGCUUGCGUUGGCGUGGAUUGCAUUCGAGUUGGUGCUUUUCAGUAUGCCGAUGGCGUUGCCGGUGACGAGGGUGUCGAUGAAUUAUGCCUCUGUUGUGUUUGUUGGAUUCAUGGCCAUUUCGGCCGUGUGGUAUGUUGUUUAUGCGAGGAAACACUACAAGGGCCCACCGGAGUCGGAUGCGCUGUGA